GCAUGAUGACGAGAGAUGUAGGCAAGUGCAUGGAAGAAAAUGGAGGACAGACAAAGAAAUGCUGAGCGCGGACAAAGAGAGCAAAUCUUCCUCCAGCCAAAAUGUGGAUGGUUGCCACAUCCCCCACAAACGUGCUUCGAUUGCAGCCGGGGGCGCCCCGCCGGGCCCCGGCGUCACCAUGGCCGCCGCGGCGGCCUCCUACGACCAGCUGGCCCACCAGGUGGCGGCGCUGCGCAAGGAGAACUCCCACCUGAGGAGGGAGCUGGAGGACAACUCCAACCACCUUUGCAAGCUGGAGACGGAGACCUUCGGCAUGAAGGAAGUGCUGAAGCAGCUGCAGUGUCAACUGGAGCAGGAGGCGGGGACUCUGGCCUCGUCGGGACGCGGCGACGUCCUGCGCCAGCUCCAAGAGCUGCACGUGGACCUGACCAACUACUACGAGCUGAAGCAUCAAGGUCACCAGGGUCACCGGUCGCGUCUGCUGGCGGACAAUCGAGGAGGUGCGGCGGAGCGAGAGGACCAGCUGGCUGCGCCCCCGCCCUCCUGCCACACCUCGUCCUCUUCUUCGGCUCAAGCCCCGUCUCGCGCCGACGUUUCCUCCUCCCUCGUGUCGCCGCAUCACUUCCUGGACGGGGCCCCGCCCAAAACGGCCGUCUUCAGUGGCGCUGACGGGCGCCUCAGCGACCAUCACAUGAACGAACUCUACAAGGAGAGGAACCAACUUUUGGGAGAAAUUGACCGCGAGGAGCGAGAACGCUGUUGGUACUUCAGCCAGCUGGAGGCGCUGUCCCAGAAGCUCACACACCUGCCUCGCGUUGACACGUUUUCCCGGCAGAUGGACUUCAUCCGCCAGCAGCUGGAGUUCGAAGUUCAGCAGGUGCGCUGCGUCAUGGAGGAACGCUUCGGCAGCAGCGAGGAGAUGAUCCACCGCACGCAGAUGCGCGUCGCCCGUCUGGAGCAGCUGGAAAAAGAACUGCAGGAGACCCAAGGGAGUCAAGAGAGCCAACUGCAGUUGCUGGGCGCGGAGAGGCCCCCCGUCGGAGAAGCGGAGAGCAACGCGACGGCGGGCGCGGACGGGGCGGCGGACGGCGGCGGCAAGAUGGAGAUGGUCUUCUGGCUGCUGUCCAUGCUGGCCAACAGAGACAAGGAAGAGAUGUCCCGGACCCUGCUGGCCCUCUCCAGCUCCCAGGACAGCUGCAUCGCCAUGAGGAAGUCCGGCGGCGUUCCCCUGUUGGUCCAGAUCCUCCACGAAGAAGCCGGCGGGCCGGGGGAGGCGUGCUGCAGCCGCCAGGCCAAGUCGCGAGCGGGCGCCGCCCUGCACAACAUCAUCUACUCCCAGCAGGACGAGGGCCAGGCCCGCCGGGAGAUGAGAGUUCUGCACAUGCUGGAGCAGGUCCGAACUUACUGCGACAGCGGCUGGGACUGGAUGGAGAACCACGCGGAGGGCCGUCCCGGUCCGACCGGAAUCCUUGAUAUUCCCGAACCCGUAGACCCUCAGAUCUGUCAGGCCACGUGCGCCAUCAUGAAGCUUUCCUUUGAAGAAGAGUUCCGCCGUGCGAUGAACGAAUUAGGUGGUCUGCAGGCGGUGGCGGACCUCAUCCACUUGGACCAGCAAAUGUACGGCAUGCAGAACGACCCCAUCAACAUGGCGCUGCGGCGCUACGCCGGGAUGGCCUUGACCAACCUCACCUUUGGAGAUGUGGUCAACAAGGCCACUCUGUGCUCGAGAAAGAGUUGCCUGCAAGCUCUCGUUGCCCAGUUAGCCUCAGACAGCGAGGAGCUCCACCAAGUGGUCUCCAGCAUUUUGAGGAACUUGUCCUGGCGGGCCGACAUCAGCAGCAAGCGAGUCUUGAGGGACAUCGGCUGCGUGCCUGCCCUGAUGACGUGCGCCCUGCAGGCCACCAAGGAGUCCACUUUGAAGAGUCUUCUGAGCGCCCUGUGGAAUCUGUCGGCUCACAGCUUGGACAACAAGGAGGCGGUGUGCGCGGUGAACGGCGCUCUGGGCUUUCUGGUUAGCACGCUGACGUACCGCUGUCAGACGAACUCGCUCGCCAUCAUCGAGAGUGGCGGCGGAAUCCUGAGAAAUGUGUCCAGUCUGGUGGCCUCGCGAGAAGACUACAGGCAAGUAUUGCGAGACCACAACUGCCUCCAGACUCUGUUGCAACACCUGCGCUCGCACAGCUUGACCAUCGUCAGCAACGCUUGCGGGACACUUUGGAACCUCUCGGCCCGGAGCCCAAAGGACCAGGAGCUGCUUUGGGAUUUGGGCGCAGUGAGCACGCUGCGCAAUCUCAUCCACUCCAAGCACAAGAUGAUCGCCAUGGGCAGCGCCGCAGCUUUGAGGAACCUGCUGACCAAUCGACCCCCGCAGUACAAGGACGCGUCGGUGCUCUCGCCGGGGUCGCGCGUGCCUCCGCUUUACAUGAGAAAGCAGAGGGCGUUGGAGGCCGAGCUGGAUGCCAAACACCUGGCUGAGACUUUUGACACGCUGGAGAAACGCAAUCCCAAGAACUUGAGCUUCAACAAGCAGCUGCGCCACAUCGAAAGCCUGGCCAAGGACUACGCGUCGGACUCGGGCUGCUUCGACGAUGAAGAGGCCCCCAACGUCUCCUGCAGUCUGGACACCGGAAGCUUCUCCAUGCUCUCCACCUAUCUCAACAACUCCAACUUGCUACAAAACAGUAAGCGGGACAGCGAACCCGAGCGGGACCCGGACCCGCCUCGGCCGGACCGGGGACAACCGGCAUCCGACGAAGCCAUGUCCGCCGCCGCCGAGACGCUGGCUAAGAAGAUCACCAACGCCGUUGCGAAGAUUGACCGAUUAGUGGAGGACAUCGCCAUGCACACUUCCUCCGAGGACAGCUUCAGCCUCAGCUCCGAAGACCAUCUGGCCGACUGGCCUUACGGGUCGCCCGAGCAAAACGAGAGUGGCGCGAAGUCGCGCUCCCCCUGCCGUCUCUCGGACACGAGCAGCUCGGCCCGUCGAGAACGCCUCUGCAGGGCGCGUGCGUUACUGCGCCUGAAAAGCGCUCAUACGAGCGUGUCCACCGACAGCUUGAACAGUGGCAGCACCAGCGAUGGCUACUGUGGCAGCAAGGAUCAAGUCAGACCCGCCCCAGACGCCCGGAUCCCCCAGAAACGACCCAACCGGCUGGAUCUGACCGCGGCUCACCUCGAGCGCCGCAACGUGCAACCCGCUCUCUUGAGUCAGACUAGCCGGGAAGCGAUUCCAGAGAGAGAUUGCGCGGAUGAACAGGACAAUAUAGAUUUGCGGCUCCUCGACUCCGAUGCAGUAAAGAUCCAGGAACCUCCGGUGCAAACACCCGUGAGCGUGUCCACAAAGGUCUCUUCGGAUGUCAGCAUGGCCUCCGUCAAACUUUCUCCUUCCUACCGGCAGGUUCCGCUCAUUCAGAGUGUCGCCACGCUUGGCGUCGCGGCGACGUCCGUCAACGUUGAGGCCGCGGAAGGCACGAGGAGGCAAGCCUGGGCGCCCACCGCCGUGACCGGAGGCAGCGUGACCAAGUUUUCGCCAAUGGCGUCCGGCAGGAGCCCAACCGCGGGCACAAUGGAGACGGUCCAGAAAUACUCUGUGGAGAACACGCCCAUCUGCUUUUCUCGCUGCAGCUCCUUGUCCUCGCUGUCUUCUGGGGACGGAGCACUGGACGGACAAAGCGACAACGAGCUGGAGAGCGACUCCUCGCUUGAAAUUAUCCAGGCGGAGGACGGAGAGGAUGUCCAGAGGGCGGAGGAGGCCGAGACCUUAGAGGAUCUGAGUGACAGCCAGCUGCUCCUGACCGACUCCAAAACCUUCCCGAGCAAAGAGACCGAUCCCAUCCCGAUUCCGUGCCCUGCCAAAAGAGAAAAGGUCUUCCUUCAGGGAGCCGCACCGACGGCGCUGGAAGACAGGUCACCGUCCAGCUCUUCUGAGAACUACAUCCACGAGACUCCUCUGGUCAUGAGUCGCUGUAGCUCGGUCAGUUCUCUGGGCAGUUUUGAGUCCCCGUCCAUUGCGAGCUCCAUCCAAAGCGAUCCCUGCAGCGAGAUGAUCGAUGGAACCGUCAGCCCCAGCGAUCUUCCGGACAGCCCCGGCCAAACGAUGCCCCCGAGUCGAAGCAAGACUCCGUCAUGCUGCGCGGACGCCGGCGGAGGGGAAGGGCAGACGGCCGGUUCGGCGGCUCCGUGGGAAAACAGUCUGCGGACCUUCAUGGAGGUCGGCGACUCCAAAGACCGGUUCGACCUGCCCGCCGAUUUGGACGCAAUGAUCUACUUCACCGUGGAAAAGCCCACAGAGAAUUUCUCCUGCGCGUCCAGCCUGAGUGCUUUGCCUCUUCACGAGCACUACAUCGAGAAAGACGUGGAGCUGAAACUGACGCCGCUCCUCCAGCAAAGCGAGAGGAGCCCGGCUCUGCGGGACGACAAUGACCAGGGUCUCGCCCACGGUGAGAGAUGCAGUGAAGGCAACUCUGACGAUGACAUCGAGAUCCUGAAGGAAUGCAUCAAUUCAGCGAUGCCCUCCAAAUUCAGGAAGGUCAGGCCUUCCUUGGUGACCCACAUCCCCCCUCGUUUUCGCGGUGCCCAAAAAGCCGUGCGUCUCCCCGUUUACAUGAUGCUCCCGAAUGGCAAAACGCAGCUGUAUCCCGGGAGGAGAAUUGUCAUCCCGCAGAAGGACGUCAAGUUUGACGAUUCGUCCGUCACGGACUCGGCCGACGGCACUCCGGUCAAUUUCUCCAGCACGACUUCGCUGAGUGACGACACGCUCCAGUACCCGGUCAAGGACUGUCCGGCUGGGCCCGUUUCCAAGCAAAAAAUACUCGAUGAGGAGGCGAAGAGGAUCGAAGACUUAAGAAUCUUCUCCCACUUCCACAACGCAAACAAGACGAACUACCCGCCUGUGAUUCCGGCAGGCCGCACGAGCAAACACGUCAUUUCCACUCAGGAGGUUCUGAUGCAGAGCAAGGAAGUGGCGGACAGAGUCGCCAACCAGAGGAAUCGCGAGCCUUCUCCCAGCCACCAGAAGAAGACGAAGUGGCCGGGGCCCGCCGGGAAGCCGCAAUUGCCCAUUAUAAAACACGAGCCAGAGGGUAGCGCCGCUCAAAACAGAAACGCGGUGCAAACGUCACAGUCUUGGCAGGAGAGCAAACAUUUCUACCAGGACAAAACCAAACUUGCCAGCAGAAGCCACGCGAGGGAAGCCAGCAGGAAUUCUCUGUCGCGAAGCAUGAGCAACAUCGGCAGGACUUGGACUUGUCAAGCAAAGCCCAGAGGCUUUCACAGGAUAAAGCAGAACCUGGUGACGGACGACUCCCCUGCCUGUCACUCGCUCAGCUCCUCGCUGAGUUCCCUGAGUGACGCGGAGUUUGAGGACCACAGAUUCAAAGCCCAGCAGAUUUGGUACAAGAACAGACACAACGCCAGCCUGAAUACGAUGCGGCAAGCCAAGUCCUUGGCCGUCCACGGCCAGUUUGACGAGCGCAGCUCUCCGAGUUCUGUCAGCGUGGACUCGGAGGACGACCUCCUUCAGAGGUGCAUAACUUCCGCCAUGCCCAAACAGAGGCGGAAGGUGGCCGGCAGGAAGAAGAAAGCGGAGAACGGCCAAAAACAAGUGCCGAAGGCCUCAGAGGUCUGUCACGUGGAUGAGGACAGCGACGACCCGGCGUGGGAUCAAGACUCGGACCUGAACAGCGUGGAAUGGCGAGCCAUUCGAGAAGGCGCCGACGCUGUCGUGACUGGACUGCAAGCGGCCAAGUCUCAAGACCUCUCCUCCGAAGAAAGUGAAUCCGUUUUGUCAUUCAUCUCAACAUCCAGCUUUACCCCCAAGGAGAAGAAAUUUGCGAAAGACAAGAAGGCCAACAAAGCUCUGGACUUUGCGCAGCGCAAGCCGGUGCCCAACUUGCCGGUGGUUUUCAGAGGCAGAACGGUCACCUACACGCCAGCGAAAGAGCCGGCUCCGUCGCAAAUACCUCCGCCCAGGAAAGUAUCCGCCAAAACAGAUGCGCCGAAGAACCCGGGGCUGGCUCAGCACAGGUCGAAGAGCCUUCACCGACUAGGAAGACCAAAGGACAUGGAGCUGCACUUGCCAAAAAGGAGCUCGACUCCACCUCCGCGGAUACCAAAGAGCUCCUCCUCCGGCUCAUCGCAAAGUUCUACGCCGUCCAAACAUUGUCAGAAGAACCUCACGUCGCCGACUCCGACAGCGAGCAGGCCUAUCCUGAGAAAGGGUGGCACGCCAUCGACCGGCCCGCCUGCCGGUAGCCCCCCAGAAAGAAAGGGACGCUCUCCCGUGGUGAACAGGGUUCAAAAAACACCACCGCCGAAGACCCAGAAGUCACCGGUCAGGAUACCUUUUAUGCAGAAUUCGGUGAGUGCGGCCAGACCUCUUUCACCUCUGGUCACCAACCAGGCUACGGGUAGACAAAACCAGCGCGGCGGCAAUCGGGUCCUCCCUCCUCACCGAUCUGAUCUGGCCAGGAUGGCAUCAGCCCGUUCGAGCGCUGGCGAGUCAGACUCCAACGGAUUCUUGAGGCAGCUGACGUUCAUCAAGGACUCAAAGAGCGGACUAAAACGGGACUGCGCGCCGCGCGUCCCACCGUCCCGAUCCCAGAACGCUUCCCCCCACCGGGCGGUUCCGGGGGCUUCGGCAGUCUUCCUUUGCUCAUCCCGCUGCCGGGAGCUGAAGGUGGCUGCCCAGCCCCCGAGCAAGACGGCAGGAAACGGUGCAGGACAAGCACGGCGAGUCCAGAGACCUCAGCUGGAGGCCAGGAGCACCGGCGGGGUGACCUCUAGAGAUCGGACCCCGUCUGGAAGAGGUCCAUCCAGGAGAACCAGCUCCGAAAGCCCCAACAGAGCGGCUCAACGAAACGCUCCAGGCAGAGUUUGGGGGGAGAGACAACUACGACAGGACCAAGAAACGUUUAAACGGCACGCGUCAUCUCCGAGUAUAAACAUCCUGAGCCGAGUGACCAGCCGUUCCUCACUCCGUUCAUCGUCCUCUGACUCAAGCGGACGAGCCAAAAGCGAGGACGAUACGAAGAAGAAAAGUCCGAGAUCCCGUCUGAGUGACAGGGUCACCUGGAGGAGGAUCAGGGAUGAAGACGUACCGCAGAUCUUGAAAAGCACUCUGCCGGCCAACGCGUUACCACUGGUGCCCUCCCCCGACGGGGCCAAGCCGCCACUGGCUUCUCUGCCGGGGAAGCUGCCGACUAUUCUUCUGGCCUCGCGCAGUGUGAGCGACGCUACGGUUCAGACGGAAGAUUUCUCCCACGCCAAGAUCAACUUCGGCCCCGCUCCCACCGCCGAGUCGGCGGCAGCGAUUCCGGAAGAUGCGGCGGGACGAGCGCUACUUAGGAAGUUUAGCGCCACCGCCGGGGGGAACUUUCAAGACGGAGACUUAGACGGCACCGCCUCGACCCGAAAGCCGGACGGGCACAUCGGCGGAGCCGUGCAUUUCCGCCAAGGAUCUCCGAGCAAGGCGGCCAGAGUUUCUCCGUUCAAUUACAUCCCCAGCCCCGCGGCGGCCCCGCAGGAGGCCCAGAGCGUGGAGGCUGACCACAAGACUGAAAGCCAAAAUCAGUCGUAGAUGUUUGAUGAAAGACACUUUGGAGAGUCCUGGACACGACCUCCCCUCGCCUUCACCUCUUUUGCUUCGACGCCCCACCGCAUCCCAUCUUCGACUAUGUCCGCGCUACCAGAGGUAUUGAGAGGGGGGGCAACGUGGGGCUUUUAGGCACCCGCCCAUCCCGGACAUUUUGUCCUUGUUUUUCUAUGUGCGGAAUAAUCAUGGCUUGCUCGAAAAGUUGCAGAAGAAAGCAGCAAAGUAUGCAAACCUCAACGAGCCCAAACGCGUCCAACUCUUCUCGCCACAAACACGGGCAGAUGCUCUCCAUCGGUGUUCGCACCGUGGUCCUCAACCAUUCGAUUAGCGACAUGCAAAGGGCUAACGGCAAAGCCACAUACAUGCCCACGCGGUGAUUUAGUAUUUGCGCAAGAGCAUCGUCAUGUUCUCAGUUGAUUGACAGGAAUGAAUAGUGCAGCCGUGACUGUGUUCCCCUCAUCAGGUGUGUAAAUAAUAGUGAGAAUAAUAAAAAUACAGCAGGAAAAAAGACAGCGUGCUGAUGAAUUGGCUGAUGAUGGCGUGAAGGCAUGCAAAUUGGCCAAAGUGUUUCCGGAUCCAUUUAGUGUGAAGGAAUCCACCAAUCAACCAGUGCCAGGUCGGUGACUGAAGUACAUCAAGAAUAUGUCUUCCUCGUACAAGCUGCUCGCAUUUGUAUGGUUUUAAGUGUUGAACGUGUGUCACAUUCGGGUCUUGUUGCCAAAUCUCUCCUGCUCGUGUGUUAGCUUUAGCAGCUGCGGCUAACCCGUAUGUCUCGUUGUUUUUUUUUUGCUGAACAAGAAGAUGGAAGAAAGCGUGUAAGCCAUUGUUAUGGCAAGAAGACCUCAUCAAAGGGGCAACCUAAACGAGCUGGGCAUCAGAAAAUGAUCACAUUGUCAAUUUGCGAAUAGCAGGACGCCGAAGUCGUAUUUGUCAUGUAUUUACCCAAUAAAAAGUCUUCGGCGU